CUUCGAGGUGGUCACGGGGGGCGGCGUCGCGGGGGUCUUUGAGGGGGCGUCCCGGAUCUUCUUCGCCGGCUGUCGAUCACGCUUCGAGGGUGAUUGAAACAUGCCGCCAAGAAAAAGAAAGGGAGGUUUCAAAAAGAAGAUCAAGGCCGUGGCUGAGCUUGUGGGACUUUCGAGUGGUUCGUCAUCGCAGACACGUCCUCCUAGCGCUCCUCCUAGCGCUCCUCCUAGCCCUCCACCACGGAGGAAGAAUGCCCAGCCACGGCGACUUCGUACCCCUUCUCCUAGUCCUCCCCCAGCCGAGGAUGAUGACGAGGAGCAGUGGGGUGGGGAGGACGAGGAGGACGGUGAGGAGCACGGUGGGCAGGACGAGGAGGCCGGUGGGGAGGACGGUGGGGAGGACGGUGGGGAGGACGGUGGGGAGGACGGUGGGGAGGACGGUGGGGAGGACGGUGGGGAGGACGGUGGGGAGGACCUCGAGGAGGAUGAGGGGCUGGGGGGUAUGCCGCAGGAGCUAGACCCGACCCUAGUUUGGUCUCCGCCGGUGGAGGAGGUGUACGUUGCAGCCGAGGAGAGGCUGGAACCACGGGACAAGAAGCCGUAUAGGCGCGGGAUUACGAAACUCCCCAAGCUAAAAACUUGGGCCUUCCGCGAUGUUGUUCUCGUGCCCGCUGGAAAGAGCAUGUUCAAGUAUGGCGACCCGAGGAGGAAGCCGACACGUGAGUACCCGAACAUCCUUGGAGGCAUAAUUAGGAAGCAUUUCCCUGGGAUUGUCAAUCUCCCUACUGGUGGCCGCGACGUGGCUUGGACUUGGAAGCACUACAGCUACGCGGAAGAUCCUAGCGGCAAGUACGGAAACAUGCAAGAGCGGGUUGUCCGCCACUUCUGGAAAUACUUCAAGAGGGCUGAGGGCAAGGAAAUUGCGUGCGACGUUAUCUUACACGAGUUGUGCAGGGUGAGGGUGACUGGCAUGCACUACGAGGCACGUGUCCAGUGCGUCCGCGACUGGCACGCCGAGCGCAAAGUUUGGAUGAGUAAGGCUGAUUGUCGGGAUACGCUCAUGGCACCAUGGCAGUACCUGCAGGUAUUAGCAUCGAUGUGUUAUUUAUUUCCGCAUUUUCAUCACCCUCCUCGAUACGUCGGGGAAGACAGGGCGUGCUUUCUUGCGAUGGUCAUAUGGUGGACAUCCCGCGAGUACGCCCGGAAGCACGAGGAGGGCAAGCGAAGCGUUCGAGAGAUGGGAGGUGGAUCACAUGUCCCGGGCAGCAAGAACUUGGCCCUUACCUUGCAGGAUGAGGAAGUGAAGACAGGCGUGGCACCAAACUUGUUUGGCUUUUUCCAAAAGUCGAAGACCAGGAAGGAGCCGCAUCCUGAAACGGGGUCCUUGUGGGUCAACGACCUAGCGGAGGGCCAGUGUGGCGCGUACCGCUCGAAGUUCAAGGACAAGCACGGCGAAGACGCCGACCCAACCACCGAAGAGUUUGACGUUGAGGUUGCGGUGCUUGCGGGACAAGGCAAGAAGGGUGGCCGCCUAUGGAUUGCUGACGGGUUAGUCGACCCAAGUACCAUUCCAUCUCUACGCCAGAUCCGUCGUGGGCGUACGAUCGAGCAGCCUCGGGUAGAGACCCGCCCACGGGCUUCGGACCUAGCUAUCGAGAAGUUACGGGCGGAGAUGGAAGAAAGGGAACGGAGGCACCAAGAGGAGCAGAUGCAGAUGCAGCAGCAGCUUAGGGAGAACAUGCGGAUGCAGCGACGAGAUAUCCCCGCGCCUGAUCCGGCUGUGAUGGCGCUCCUCCAGCAAGCGCCAAGUCAGAGCCCGCUGACACCUGGCUUGACCGUCAACAAUACGGGCAUCAUCCGGAGCCUGCAGCAGUUUCUAGGUGAGUUCUCCUACACUUCUAAUUCUUCCAUACCAUGUCACUUGUGA